AUAACUCCAUCAAGAACCACUGGAACUCGACCCUUAAGAGGAAGGUGGAGAACCAGCGACACCUGCAGGUCCUGCACCUCCACAACUCUUCCUCCUCCACACUUGCAGUGACGAACUGCACCCUCCCAAGCUCCACCAUCGACCCCACCAAGGCGGACAGUGUGUCCACGAUGACGGUCAAGUCCAGCUGCACCUGCAGUGAACAGAGCACUUGCAGCUGCUACGUCCACCUGUGCUCCGCCUGUGCCCCUCCCUCUUCAGGCUACGACUGUCUGAGCUUGUGUGAGCUGACGACACCCGCGGAGCUGAUGGAUGCAAACAUGGAGGCUUGGAGCCACAGCCCAAAGGAUGUAACAUCAUCACUCCACAUCCAUCUGCACAAAGAGGAUGCCGAUCCGUCAAUCGUCAAUCUGAGCUAUGAGGCAGGUUUUAAGGAGCAGCUGAUGAACAGUGAGGACGCUCCGUCCUCCUGCAGCCUGGUGGGGGCACUGAACUUCUCACCCUCUGAAUUCCUUGGUUUUUUAACUGUUGAGGAUCCGAAGUUGCAAUGUCCAACCUACACCUCCACUCCUGUCUGUUCCCUCAAACACUCAACCAGCAGUUACUAUGAAAACUCUUGUCUCCACGGUAACACAGUGACACCGUCAGACAUCACAGAGACAAUCAGAGAUCUGUGGACGUCAGCUCCUCAGACACCAACACCACUGAAGAUCAGCAACAGUCAGGACGAGGUCGUUUCAGUUUGUCUGAGCAGGACCAUGAAGGCAGAGGGGGACGUGAGGAGUGUUAACCCCAACAGUCAGCUGUCAGCCAGCAGCUCGGAGGAGGCGUCUGUCCUCCAGGUUCAGGGGGAGAGUCUGCUGAGCUCCAUCCUGCAGGUCCAAUCCGGGUCACAGGGGCAGGGACAGUCCAGCUCGGUGUCAUUUGACGGACAGUUAGAAGUGUUGUGGUGCGAGCAGCCUGUUGAUGAGCUGCAGGCUCCAGAGGAUCCUGCCCCCGCGCUGACUCCCCUCCAGCUCAGUGACCUUCAGGUGGUGAUCUUUGGGAGAACAGACGAUCAGGUGAGUCUUACGGAGCAGGCCCGGCUGUAUGUGGAGCUCUGAUCUUCAUCGUUUUACUUCAU